AUGACCUCCAGCGGUAAACCAGUCAUUCAAGAGACUGUUUAUGGAACUGGUGACGACUCUCAUAUGGUCAUGUCUGAAAAAGUGCAAUCACUUGCUGGUAGCAUUUACCAAGAAUUUGAGGCAAUGAUUGCCAAAUAUGAUGAGGAUGUGGUGAAAAACUUGAUGCCACUGGUUGUGAAUGUGUUAGAGUGCCUCGAUCUGGCAUACACAGAAAACCAGGAACAUGAAGUGGAACUGGAGCUUUUGAGAGAAGACAAUGAACAGCUAGUGACGCAGUAUGAAAGAGAAAAGCAGUUGAGGAAAGCUUCAGAACAGGUGGCAUGUCGCUUAGAGGAGAAGGAAGCUGAAAUGAAGGCUGAAUAUAACAAGUUACAUUCAAGAUACACAGAAUUGUUCAAGACCCACAUGGAUUACAUGGAAAGAACCAAGAUUCUGACUGGAACAGAUCGCUCAGAACACAUGGGGUCACUGAGAGGCAAGGGAUCAGGAGCUAUGAAUAUCCCCUUCCCAAAUCGGAUGUCUCCUUCUGGUCUACUGUCCUUCGGAUUCAGUUCCCUUGAAAAUCAAUCAAAGUCUUUAAAUAGCCACCUGGAUUUUAUUUCCACUCAGAGGAACCUGGAUCCAACACAAAACUUGAAGAGUGAACUUCAAGAAGGGGGCACUGCCGAGGACAAGAAGAACAUGCUGGAAAGAGGUAUGGGAAGGGAGGUUGAAAAUCUCAUCAUGGAAAACAACGAACUCCUUGCAACCAAUUGUGCACAUAAAGUGCCAAAUCAAAAAAAUGGCAAGAGAGUGAUUGAUUUUAUUUUUUCUACUUUCAGGAAUGCUCUAAACAUUGUCAAGGAUGAUCUGAUUGCACGAGUGGAUGAACUCACAAGUGAGCAAGACAUUCUAAGGGAAGAGAUCCAGUCCUUGGAGGCUGUGAAAUCUCGACUGAAGAUGCGGAUUCAGGAGUUGGAAGAGGAGCUGAAGAAAGCCCAUGAGGAACAGGAGCAGAAAUCAAAUCAGAAGCCUCCAGAUGAUGAAGAUGAUGUACCAAUGGCCCAGAGGAAGCGUUUCACAAGGGUUGAGAUGGCUCGUGUCCUCAUGGAGAGGAAUCAGUACAAAGAGAAACUUAUGGAGCUUCAAGAUGCAGUGCGAUGGACUGAGAUGAUGCGAGCAGCAAAGCAGGAAACUGCUGAUCCAGAUCGAAACAGGAAACAGUCCAUAUGGAAAUUGUGUCAUUUCUCUUCUCAUUGGGUUCCUUGGAUAAAGAUGUGGUGUGCAGCUGGAGUGAAUUUGACUGGUGGAAAAACACGUGAUGGUGGGGACAUUGUGGGUGCUUCUGUCUUCUAUUCUCAAUUAGAAGAAAGUGGAGAGCAUGUACUUCCUCCAAAUGAUGCAGUUGACAGUUUGGAUCAUGAACUUAAGGAACAUGAACGAAUGAGACAAGAGGGAGAGUCUUUAGAGUUGCAACUCAGCUCCCUUGUAUGGAUCUGCACUUCAACACAUGCAGCUAGCAAAGUGUCUGUGAUUGAUGCCAAUAACCCUGCAGAUAUCUUGGAGGCAUUCAGAGUCUGCUCCUCACGGCUUCUAUGCAUUGCUAGUGUUCCUGGUGAGCACAGUGCUAAGGUGAGCGACUACCCUGUGCACGAGGAGUUGUCCAAGAUAGCAGUGGAUGUGACAAUGAGUGAUGAAGAGGCAACAGCUAGUCAUGACAAAGGAAAGAAAGCCUCUGAGGAGGAGGCACACAUUGGGGAGAUCACUUUUGUCAGCUGUGCCACUGGGAGUUCCUCCGUCCCAUCCCCUGUGCUUUCCGAGAGCCCCACUCAUGAACAUGAUGAUGGUGUGGAGAGACCCACAUUGAGGAAGCUUUCAGCAGAAAAAAUGGAAGAAGGAGAAGAAAGCACAAGAGAGGGGGAAGGAGAAGAACAUGGGUCCCUUUCAUCUCCUAAGGAAGAGACAUCUCCUCCCAGGAGACGCCUCUUAAAGGAGCCUCAAGGCCUUGUCAAAGAUGGCCUUUCUGAACUUCCCAAAGACAAUUUAGCAGCAUAUGAGAGGAUGGAGAAGAUGACAAGUGUCCUUCCAACAAUGUGGAUGGGAGCCCAGAAUGGGGGACUAUAUGUGCAUUCUGCUAUUUCCCAAUGGAGGAAGUGCCUGCAUUCUAUUAAACUCAGGGAUGCUGUUCUUUCUAUUGUUCAUGUGAAGGGAAGGGUUUUGGUGGCACUGGCAGAUGGGAGUGUGGCCAUUUUCCAUCGUGCCGGUGAUGGUCAGUGGGACCUGCACAAUUACCACCUCCUGGACCUGGGCAAAAACCAUUCCAUCCGAUGCAUGACCCUGGUGCAUUCCAAGGUCUGGUGUGGGUUCCGCAAUCGUAUCCACGUUGUAGAUCCCAGAACCUUCGUUGUUGAAAAAUCAUUUGAUGCCCACCCAAGACGUGAGAGUCAGGUUCGGCUGAUGACCUGGGUUGGAGAUGGGGUGUGGGUGUCCAUCCGCUUGGAUUCCACCCUUCGUCUCUACCAUGCACACACUCAUCAGCAUCUUCAAGAUGUUGACAUUGAACCUUAUGUCUCCAAAAUGCUUGGAACUGGGAAGUUGGGAUUCUCCUUUGUGCGAAUCACAGCCUUACUCAUCUCCUGCAACCGACUAUGGAUUGGAACUGGAAAUGGAGUCAUCAUCUCUGUUCCUCUAUCUGAAACAAGCAUGGAGAAAGCAAUGGAAUCAGGAUCACAGGGAUCAGAAAUGAAGCUGCCAGGUGCAGUGGUGCGAGUGUACAGUGAUCCCAAGGACCAGGUCACCCCUGGCUCCUUUAUUCCCUUCUGUUCAAUGACUCAAGCCCAACUCUCUUUCCAUGGACACCGAGAUGCUGUCAAGUUCUUUGCUGCUGUACCAGGU